CCUUGAUCGAUUCAUCCCUCUCGGCCUUACAGCCAAGUUACCAAACUCAUCACCAUGCGUCUAUCGCUCCUCCUGGCAUUCAUCCUCCCCUUCGCAGUAUCCGCUUCUGUCCAGGAGCAGAUCGUAAUCCCACCGAUGCCGAAAACCAAUGAGGAAUCCAUCGCGUCACCGUUCACCAGCUCCCAACCCACGCUCGCAGACCUGCUGACUAUCGAGCCCUCAGCGAGCAUUUAUUACUCGUAUGCUCGAGAAACGGAGUGGUCGUCUAGAUUCUCUUCUGAGUCCGUCUGGUUCACGAUACUCGUACCGACGAACAAGGCUGUCAUGGCAUUGGCACAUAAACCACACCAAGGUCCAGAGUCGGUGGAGCCUCAUAUUGGAAUCUCGGAACAGGAGUUGGACGAAAGCUCUAAAAGAAAUGUAGAGCGAUGGGUCUCGGCCCACAUCAUUCCUUCUCGCAUCUCUUUAUCUGAUACCCCUGUUUCGUAUGAAACGCUGCAAGAUGGGAAACUUGUUACUUUCAAUUCUGUUCCCGACGCAAAGCCUGACUCGUCUGAAUGGAUGCGGGUGACUUUGGAGGACGGAGUGCGCAUCAUUGGGAUGAAGGAGGCACAGAACGGCGUAUUGUAUCUGAUAGAUGGCACCGUCGCUCCAAACUGA